AUGGAGACACGGAUCAAAUCCUCUAUUGAACAGAAGAUGCCAGGUAGCAGAAGUAGCAGCAGCGGCGACAGCAGCACCGGCAGCUCUAUCAGAUCACUAUCGUCCCUAUACUUAGUUGCCUUGACAGAGCAAGAUGCCAAAGACAAAGAACCCGAUACCCCCCAAGAGAAGACAAGGCCACCAGUAGCACCGCGAGGUGAGCUCGUCCUCGUCGUCGGUCCCUCUGAAGUAGAAAUCCGUGUCUAUGCCCUCAUCCUCUCCAACGCCUCCCCCGUCUUCGCUUCGAUGCUCGAGAAGACCCGCUUCGGCGAGGGCGUUGCCCUUCAAGGCGCCACGCCAUCGAGCCCGGCACGCAUCUUACUCCCGGACGAUGACCCGAAGGCCAUGGAGACCAUCUGCAGAGUCAUCCACGGCAAGACGCUCGAUGCGGGGUCGCCAGGCGUCUUGGACGCCUCGCCGAGCGAGGUGCUGGCCGUCGCCAUGUUGGCGGACAAGUACGACUGUGGCCCCGCGAUGGCGUUGGCUGCCGAGCAUUGGCUAAAGCUAGAGACGAUGGAAGACAUGGCGAGGUGGGGAUUUAUUUGUCCCAAGAGACGGGAUUUGCUCAUUGCGGCAUAUUGGUUUAAACACGAAAAGGGUUUCGAGGCCGGGUCGAGGAGGUUGUUGGCCGAGGUUUCUGGGAGCUUCCGGUCUCUGGCUGAAGGUCGGAAGAGUCUGGAUGAGAACAUUGCUCUGCGAGUCGCCCUCGCUCUGGAAGAGAAGCGGAACGAGCUCCGCCUCUCCCUCUACACGUCCCUAAUGCAACCCAUCAUCAACCCCCCUGUUUGCAAAUGUUCCAGAUUCAAACGCCGGUGGUGGUUUCCGCGCUCCCCUCGGCCCGCCGAAGUCGUCAACUCGGUCAUCCGUUGCAUCGAUCGCGACGUCAUGUCGCGCGGGAUGCCGUACAUGUCCAUCAACGAGGCCAUCCGGCGAGCUGAAGAGAUCCCCAGGAACGUGGUCAAGAACCGCACAGGGCGGUCCGCGGGUGAUUGGAAAUACCCGGAUGGGGAGAAGGUUAAUAACGUCUGGCGGCCGUGGCACAAGGCGCUCAUGUGGCACCGCGCAGAGGAGUUUCGGGAGAAGGAGUUGAAGAAAGGGGUGUGCUUGCGGUGCAUACAUCCGCAGAUGCGGUGUGAGGAGCCGAGUCAUAACGAAGGGAAAUUGAAAGAAAUCUGGGAGUGGCUUACACCUGGUGCGAAGAUGUGGUUGCGUGCAGACGGGGUUACCAAGUUGCCUGAGUGGUAG